GCGUAGCCUUGCAAGUGGUGUUUAUUUGUAAUCCAAGAGGUUAGUGGUUUAACAUACUGUAGAAUUGGUCUUAGUGAGACAUAUUGUCUUCACACAAUCGCUGCCCAUUGUCCGGCAUUACCUUUUUUCCCUUUUAUCUUCCCCUGUGUUUGUCGUGGAUAUGUAUGUAGGUAAUGUAAGAUAGGAGAUAGGAUGUUGGAGGCUAAUAGGUUUCUCUGAGCAGGUGGAAUCCGCUCAGUGUCGCUGCUGUAGCUGUAGGUCUCACUUGUAAUUCAAACCCAUUGGGGAGCGGACUCAAAGGAAACAAUUCCACUAGCAGCGUUAGGUUAGUGUAUGCCGCGCUGUAACACUCUAUUUAUUUACAAUAUCUCUAAAUACCACAGUUACCAAAGGAAAAUCACGGAAAGAGCGUUGCCUGAAAACUUCAAAUGGAAAGAGAAUCAGCUUGGCGAAUGCAAGACGUACCGGGGAGAUCCGAGCUCUGUUCAUGAGAGUAAAGACUAUCACAUUUCAGUCUGUCAAUCGCUUACUUGCUUGAAGUGGGGUCUUCGGUAUGGACUUAACACGGAGCUAAUGUCAAGUGGACUUUCAAAAUAGUUUUAUCACAUAGAAGACUUCAACCUACCGGGUUGUUUGAUACGCAUUUUCUUUUCCGUCAAGAUCUGUUAGAAAAGUCCGUGGAAAUGGGGGAACAGCCGAUCUUCACCACCAGGGCUCAUGUCUUCCAGAUCGACCCCACCACCAAGAAGAACUGGGUCCCCGCCAGCAAGCAGGCGGUCACUGUGUCGUACUUCUACGACAGCACGCGGAACAGCUACCGCAUCAUCAGCGUGGACGGUUCAAAGGUGAUCAUUAAUAGCACAAUCACACCCAACAUGACCUUCACCAAGACCUCACAGAAGUUUGGCCAGUGGGCGGACAGCAGGGCCAACACCGUGUUCGGUCUGGGAUUCGCAUCAGAACAACAACUCACAAAGUUUGCAGAGAAAUUUCUUGAGGUAAAAGAGGCUGCAAAACUCGCCAGAGAUAAGUCUCAGGAAAAGAUGGAGACCUCCAGUAACCAUUCCCAGGAGUCUGGCAGGGAGACUCCCUCCUCCACACAGGCUUCCAGUGUCAACGGCACCGACGACGAGAAGAUCUCUCACGGGGGCCCAGAGACCGAACAGCUACAGAGCGAGAACGACCGGCUAAAGACGGCCGUGGAGCAAAGUAAUACUAAUGCCAAGAAGUGGGAGACCGAACUACAAACCUUGAAGGAGAGCAACGCGCGACUGGUCGAUGCACUGCAAGAGUCCAACACUAACGUUGAGACGUGGAAAAAACAGCUGGCCACUUGCAAGGAAGAAAGUGACCAGCUCAGGAUUAAGAUCGCAGAACUGGAAGCCCAGUGUAAUGAUGCCAACCAGGAAAAAGAGAGGAAUGCCCAGCUCACACUGCGAGUACAAGAGCUGGAGGCUGAACUGCAGGACAAAGAACAGGAGUUGGAGAACCUGAGAAAGCAAGCAGAGAUUAUCCCUCAGCUCAUGACUGAGUGUGAGAGCAUCACUGGAAAACUACAGGCUGCUGAAACGGCGAAUAAAGAGCUGACUGGGAGAAUGGACACCCUGCACAGCGACGUGGAGGAAAGCCACCAAAAGCAAGGGCACAUGAAGGGCGAGCUGAAGAAGUUCAUGGAUGUUUUGGAAGGCAAAAUUGAUGAACUGCAUGAGGUCAGGCAGGGACUGUCCAAACUGGGCCUUGACAACUAGGAGAUCCACUUCGUGCAGAGGCCACUGUGAGAAACACCAGAGAUGGGUUGUCAAGCAUAGAUCACCAUGGUACCACAUCCCAAGAGGAUUACACUUGUAAUGGAGAAAAAUCACAGUAAUAAAUGAAAAAGUAACAGCUAUAAAAAAAAAAAACUGGCCAUGAGGAAGAGAGGCCGCCAUGACCCAGAAUGCUCCUGCUGAUAAGUGUGCAUUGCAUCUUUAUUCUGAAAUGUGGCCCAGUCCCACAAUAAGGCCAUGUCUUCUAGGGGUAGAUAACAUGGAAGGGGUGGAGGGUUCUGUCAGUCUAUCUGUCUGUGUCUGUGUCUGUGUGUCUGUCUGCCUGUCUGUCUGCCUGUCUGCCUGUCUGUCUUGCGUGUGCAUGUUUACCACAGUCCACACUCAUGGAACGGAUGUGGAGGGGCGAAGGGUUUCUCAAGGGCUAAUGGUGAGGUACAGUAUGUACCGCCUAGCUUCAGUCAUGGAAGUAAUAAUAGAUCACAAAUACGCUGGAGACCUCGAGUAAGCAUGAGGGGUGAAACGGUAUAGGUCGGUUUCACAUAUGAUCUCAGGUUGUGUUUGGGGGACCGUUUGGUCAUUCGGUAUGCACAUACAUGAAACGGCAGUGUCACAAAAGUGCCUCAGCCUUAGAGUUCCUCUAAGCUGGCAAGCCCUCUGGGGCUCACCAAAGCCAGAGUGACUAGGAUUAUUAAAAUGAAUAACCACUUUGAUAUUUCUAUGAAAGCAGAAUCUAAUGGGCUCAUGGGGUAGUUUAUCCCAAAAACCAGGCUCUUUUUAUGGAGGUACUAGCUAGCUUAUAGGGCCUCAGUUCGAGAACCAGUGAGACUGGAGAGCAGUUGAUAAAAGCUGAGCACAUCCUGUGGAUGUUGUGGCACGCAGACUUGCAGAAGACCUGCUUUCGGUGAGAUCAAACGGUUAGAAUUGCAGGGCGCCUGGUCAGCAGAUGUGUAUGUGCAUCAUAAUAAUAAUAAUAAUAAUAAUAAUAAUAAAGGGGGAUCUUUAACACUCAGUAGGAUUGAGAAAAGUACAAUACCUACCAGUUACCCCAAAACUAUGCUAGGAAACCCAUUUGUUUUGAAUGCUAUGUUCAAAGGAUGUUUGCAUGUGGUGGUGCCGAUUUCGUCCAUUUCCAGAAGAAAUGUGCGUCUUUCACUUUGUAGUUUAUGUUAGUGGAUGUGCUUCCCAUACUACAAAUGUUUCUUUCUCUCUCACUCUCUCUUUCUCUUUCUCUCUCUCUCUCCCUCUCUAUCUCUCUCUUUUGUAUGAUGGUGAGUUUGGGUUGAAGGGAUGUGCUAUUGCUGCUAGACUUUGGGGAUUACAAGGAAAGUGUACUUCUUCAACCAGAGUUGGGUCAGGUCUGUGAUACAGUCCAAUGCUGCAACUCAUUUUCCAAACUUUGUGCUGGUGCCUAUAGAUUCAGUUGGACUAUUUCUAGCAGUGAACUAGCAUAUGAAAACAACAACCUUAUGUUCUGGAUGCGUUGAUGAUAUACAAGUGUUUUUUUUUUCUGUUUUUUUUUGGGUGCUGACUUUAUAUGGAAUUGUAUGUUUUCAAGGGAUGGUGGUGUUGCAUAUUCUCCAUGUAUUACCAAACUUAAAAUGUGAAAUUUGCCUUUCUAACGAUCACUUUCUCAGCUUGUAUGCUGCGAUGGUCGGGAACGGAGUAGACAUCUCAUAAUAGUCACUGUAGGAAAAACUUUGCUGUAAAUGUAAGUUGUCAGUCACUGUUGGGGUUCAUCUGACAUGGUGUUCUCUUCGGCGUGGACUCUCCCAUCCCAGACAGGCCCUCACUCUGAAACCCAUCUGGCCCAGCUCUGGCCCAGCUCUGGCCCACAGUCCACCGCUCUGUGGGACGCCACACAGAGGAAACCCACACACUGAAAAGUGACCUCCAAAGUGAGGGUAUUCUUGCUAAAUAUAAUACUGAGAACACUUGACCUUUUCCUCCUCCUCCUGACUCCUUUUGACACUUUGUGAUUUUUCUGAAAGAAGUUGUACCAUAUAGAGUUGAUAACUGUUCAAAUAUAGUUUAACUAAAAAUGGGUCGUUCAUGUGUGUUUUCUUAAAAGAAUCAUUUUGAAAUCA